UGACUUUGUGCUGUGGGAGGAAUAAUCUCGCUGAGCUGCGGGAGCUGAGGCAACCUGGCGGGCGAGGACGUCGGCACAGAGUUUCCCCACGUCCCUCCAAGGGUGCCUGCCUCAGCCCGACGCCCGUGCCCGUGUCAUGCGGGCGUCUCCGGCACGGCCGUGACGGCAGCUCGGUGCCGACGAUGGACGACCUGGCUCUGCUCGACCUGCUGGAGUGCCCGGUGUGCUUCGAAAAGCUCGACGCCACGGCCAAGGUGCUGCCGUGCCAGCACACGUUCUGCAAGCCCUGUCUGCAGAGGAUCCUCAAGUCCCAGAAGGAGCUCCGGUGCCCCGAGUGCAGGACGCUCGUCCUCUGCGGCAUCGAGCAGCUGCCGGCCAACCUGCUGCUCAUCCGCCUGCUGGAUGGUGUCAGGUACGGGCAGAAUGCGCCCCGCUUUGGCUCCAUGCAGCGCUCAGGGCUCCUGUCCUCCCCCGCCUGCAUCCGCAGGGCCCCGCGGGGUCUGCAGCUCGCCCAGCACCGGCCGCCCACCGCCCCCAGGAGCCUCACGGAUGGGGUGCCGCGAGCCAAAGCGCUGUUCUCGUACCGGGGCCACAACCCCGGCGAGCUGCGCUUCAACAAGGGGGACGUCAUCGUGCUGCUGCGGCAGCUGGACCAGAACUGGUACCUGGGGGAGCUGAACGGCGUCAGCGGGGUCUUCCCAGCCAGCUCCGUGCAGGUCAUCAAACAGCUGCCGCUGCCGCCGCCUCUCUGCAGGGCUCUUUACAACUUCGACCUGAGGAGCAGGGAUAGGAGUGAGAACAACGACUGCCUGUCAUUCCACAAGGGAGACAUCAUCACCGUCAUCAGCAGAGUCGAUGGCAACUGGGCUGAGGGCAAGCUGGGAGACAAAGUGGGCAUCUUCCCCGUGCUGUUUGUGGAGCCAAACACGACAGCACGGCAGCUCCUGCAAAGCAGCAAAGGCUCCUGGCCCACCCCGCUCCGCUGCACACCGCUGAGCGUGGCCUCCCCGAAGGCGCAGGGCCGGGAGCUGCACAAGGCACCCGACGCGCGGCGCAAGAGCCUGCGGCCCUUCUCCAUCACCACGGCCCUCAACACGCUGAACCGCAUGGUGCACGCCCCUGCCGACCGCCCCGCGCUGCGCAUCAGCUCCCCGGUGCUCAUCAGCUCCAGCAACCCCAGCGUGGCUGCUGCCGGCAGUGAGGAUGCGGCCCGUGGGACCCCCGCCCAGGUCAGCGCAUCCUACUAUCCUGCUCCGGGAUCACUGAGGCACUCGGCAGCCAUCGUCACUCUGCCCCACCUGCAGCAUCACCUCUCAGCCAACAUGAAGCCGAGCGUGCCCGACUCGAAGCUGCCCGCGCUGUACGCCUCGUGGACGCUGUCGGCCUCGUCGGUGUCCUCCCAGGGCAGCGCCUCCGAGAGCGCGCAGCGCCAGAGCCGAGCGCUGAAGGCAGCGCUGCCCCUGGGGCACACGGCGCUGCGGCGCGGCCGCGGCUGCACCAGGAAGAAUGGGUCCCUGCAGAGGCCGGGGCAGGCAGGGCUGCAGGCUGCCAGCUCCCUCCGCCGCGUUCCCACGGCCGGGCUGCAGCCGUACCCACAUGCUGGCAGCUCACCGCACAGCAGCCCCGCUGCCGGCACAGCCGAGAUGGGCGCGAGGCCCAGCUUCUCCCACGAAGCCCUGCCAGCACUCGUGGUCAGAGGAGGGGAAAGCAGGACUCCAUCUGUCUGCAGUUCGGUGAUCCUGGACACCACGGAGCCUCUGGCAAAGAGUGAGUCGGUGCCCCGGCCACCCGCAUCGGCCCCGCCAUCCAUCCUGGUGAAGCCGGACACCUCCCGUAACAGCAGUGACAAGCAGGUGAAGACGGUGCGGUUCCAGAACCACAGCCCGCCGCCCAAGCGGCACGGCCCGCAGCCCUCCCCGCGCCUGCCCCGCAGCAGCACCGAGUCGGCGCUCGCAGCUGAGCCCCCGCCGCCCGACGGGAGCCCCGAGCCGCCCGCUCUGCCCUCCCCGCGCCUGGGCAGCAGCCCCCUGCAUCCCCGCAGAGCGCUGCACCCGCGGGCGGCAUCGCUGGAGCUGUCAGCGCCGCUGACCUUCCCCGUCAGGAAGAGCUACAGCAGCGUCUCCGCCAACUGACAGGUAGUGCCCGCAGCCCCGCAGCCAUCUGCCCCUCCUGGGGGUGGUGUGGAGCUCGGGGACCCCGGAGGGCGGUGACACGGAGCGGCUGCUCGCGCAGGGAACGGGGAUGAAGCGGGAUGGGAGGACGGGCACAGCGGAACGGCGCUGCGUGCUGCGAUCUCCUCAGGGCCACAGCUGUGCCCACGGGGAUCCAAGCAGCAAAUGUCACCUUCCUACAGGAUGGGGCUUCGGCUCACGUGCUCCUCAUUGGUGUUGAGACCACCCGUGCCCAUCUGACACAAUGAACAUCGGAUCCAAAACUGCUGUAACGUCACAUCCAUCGUUAAUCACGUUCCAAACCCGUGGAACUAGCUUCAUUGGUGACCCAAAACUCACCACGGCCCUAGAGCAGCCCCAGCAAAGGAGCCUUUGGAACAGAGGGACUGACAACUGUCCGUUAUCCCACAGGCUUGGCUCUCUCAGACCCUUUCUCUUUAAGCAGCAGAAAGGGAUUUCCAGCAGCACUGCAUCCUUUGCCCGCUGCUCUCAGGUACAGGGGGCAGUGCAGGCAGAGAACAGGACGCCCUCAGUGUCACUGCACAGCCCAGAGCAAACACCAGCGCUUUGCCGAAGGUUCCUCUCAUCCCCUUAAAAAUAAUCCAGAAACCUCAGCAGCUCUACAGCCAGGAACAACUGCCUCCUCCAGACACGUCCAGAGGUGAACAGAACCGCACAGCGCCCCAGGCCAGCCGUGACAGUGAUUUACACACACAGCAGCCACGCAGCGCUCCUACCAGCCCCUGCUCAGAACACCAUUCCCCCUGCCAGGACAAACAGCACUGAGGCAGCACUGCACAGAAGAACACUGCAAUGCUGUGCAGCCCGUUGUGUGGUGCUGAGACUUCACACAGUGCUCCCAACCCACUGGGUGAUGGCAACCACUGAGCAUCCAUCUAGCUGCUGGGGGAAGGAAAGGCUCUACCACUGCAUGUGAACAGCUGUGGACAGCAAUGGGCAAAGGCACCGAGUGGAAGGGCUGUUUUGCUAAGAGCAGGAGGCCGUUCUGGGACAGAUCCCAGAGCUCCUGGCACAGGGUGUCCCUGCUUUGAUGCUAUUCCCUCAUCCAAAACAUGGAGGGAGAGCCAACCGAAAACAGGGCACCACUUACAGCAACAGCUCUAAUCGGUGCUGUCAAGCUGCUCCCAAGCUGCAAUGAGGGUGUCAAGCUGCAGUGAGGGUGAACCCAGCUCCUCACAGCACCUGGGCUGCAUGCUGCACUGCGGGAUGGAGGCUCUCAUAGGACGUUCCUCCCAGCCCCAGGCUGAAGGAGGCUGUAGGAGCAACAGGAGCAGUUCCAGGGGCUGCCAGCAGCAACACUCCAAGGCCCAGGAACUGCUUCCAAGUGUUUUAUUACCCAACCUGAUCCUGUUUAGUUUUCCUUAAGCCACCAAGGCAGUGCCCAGAAAGGCAAAAACCCAGCCCUAGAGCAGCAAGUCCACAUGUGUAUUUAUCAGUAUUUUAGAGGGCUGUCUUACUGCUGAAUGGCUCGAGGUGCGUUUGUGCAAAAUACUUGUAUCACACAUAAUUAUAGCUAUAGAGACUUUAGGUUUCCCUUUUCCUUUUCUCCUCCUUCCCCAGCCACCCCUGGGCUCAGCAUUUCCCUAAGAGGCCCCAUUUCAGAGCAGGCAGCACUCAGCCCAGCUGCACGGCUGGACCCCACACCCCCAGCAGCCCCAUGGGGUUGGGUGCUGACAGCACCCAGUGGGGCCACGCACUGCUGACAGGCGGACAAAGGACCAUUUGUAUCAAACCUCUGAGCUGAAUGCUUCCUGAAGUCAGCAAGGGUCAGACAGUAACUGACUGCACUCAUUGGGCCGUGAAUUUUGAUGCCUUUCUGCACUGAGCCCAGCAAACGUUGCAGGGAAAUGUUACAGUCUUAUUACUAUGAAUGAAAGCACAGGAAGGACUGUUUUACACGUGUAUGUUUAGAAACAGGUAUAUAUAAUCUUUUCUUAUUUGGUGACGGGCAGGAAGAGCAAACAGAACACUGACAUUUACCUUAGGGUUGAAAGGCACCUGUACAAAUUCAGCAACGCUCAAUACUUUUUUCCAUGAUGUGAAGUUCAUUUUUUAAAAAGGCUUUUUCAAUUUAACGUACCACU